AUGAAAAUCCAAUGCGAACAUUUUUCGUUACUACAAAAAUGUGAAUUAAAAUUUGCUCGAGUAGCCACAGACACUAUUAGCUAUAAUUAUGGACCAUCAUCUGCUGCAAUUGGUCCCAGCUCUUCUCCAUUCCGGCACAGUUUUCGCCGAUUCCAGCAAGUUCUGGCAGGUUCCUUGCCGCCGGAUUCCGGUCGGAAUUGCACAGAAAAUAUCCGAUCAGUUGCUGGCCGUUUCCAGCUCGAAGUUUGCAGGAAACGGUCGGGAAAUGACUGGAACCUACGUUUGAACUUCCGGCCGGAACCGACCGUGUCAUAA